AGAACACGCGAUGGAAGGUCCAGCUCACCUGAUGUUAAGCAGCCAAGCAGCCAAGGAGGAGUCUGUGGCCACCUUCAAGGGCACCGAGUUCUUCUGCUACGACCUGUCCCACAAUCCCAUCCAGAGUAGCAGCGACGAGAUCACCCUGUCCUUCAAGACUCUGCAGCGCAACGGGCUCAUCCUGCACACGGGCAAGUCGGCCGACUAUGUCAACCUGGCACUGAAGAACGGGGCCGUCUCGCUGGUCAUCAACCUGGGCUCCGGGGCCUUCGAGGCCCUGGUCGAACCCGUCAACGGGAAGUUCAACGACAACAACUGGCAUGACGUGAGGGUUACACGGAAUCUCCGUCAGCACUCAGGCAUUGGACACGCAAUGGUAAACAAACUGCAUUAUCUGGUAGAUAUCAUUCUUACUGUCUUAUCGUUUAGACCCCUCGAAAAACACCCCUCUGGUAAACGGUGGCUGGAAUCCGAGCAUUUCCCUUCCGGCCCAACGCCAACAGAUGAGUUUCACGAUGAUGCGGGGUCUGAUGGCUUGAAGAGAAAGGAAGGAAGCUUAGAGUUGACCAGAGUUUCUGGAGCAACCUUCAAACCAUCAGACCCUGUGCUCCACUCUCCUCAGUUGCUGCAAGGUGUGCCUAAUGAAAGCAGACAUGAAAAUUGGACAGCCUCCGCUCAGUCUGGGAAGGACAUUAUUGCCAUAGCUUAG